GGGGUUUUUUCUACUUCAUUUUCUUUUCUUCUUAUUUUGGGAACAUAUUCUUUUUUACAUGAUUGUGGAAUGUGGACGGGUGAUAUUAGAGGGUGAGGUGAGGUAAGGUGUGAUAGGUGAGAGGUGGGAUACCGUACUCUACCUCUUUUCGACUGGAGGCUGGAGCCUGUCAAAGCCCCGGUGCGGUGGAUGAAUGGAUGGGAUCCGAAGAGUAACCUUUGAUGUCUCCGAGCGAGUCCUCCUGUUCGACUCCAAAAUUACUUCUUUUACUAUUAUCAUACUACUAUCAUACUACCAUACUACUACUACUACUACUACUACUACUACUACUACUACUACUACUACUACUACUACUACUACUACGGUUAUUUUACCCAACCUGCCUCCUCUUCUUCUCUUUUCUUUGUAACUUUUUACCUAUUGUAGCUUGGUUCUCGUUCACGUUUGAAGCAACGGGGCGAUUCAGGUGUCUGUCUGUUGAUGUUGAGAGUGUGUGUGUGGUGUGUGGUGUGGUAUCGUGUAUGCAUGUCAAGUCACUCGAGUACCAGCAGCAAAAGCGCAAAACGAUAAACUUAUCGGAUAAACAAAAGUCUUUGCAAUUCUAUAUCUAGGAUUCCUGUCAUAUAUAUCGUAACAUCUACUCCGUCGUCGUCCACACUC